GGGGGCAGAUGAAUUAUGAUGAUGUCAGACAGUGUGAUUCUGAAGAACAACAUUUCAGAUGAAAGACGAAUGAUCUCGGUUACCUGGGAGGUCUCUGCAAGCAGCCACCACCAGAUGCUUCAGUGUUUCAUGAGCCAGGAAUGUUUCUGCCCCUGUGGGGCCUCUGCAACACAGCAUAAAAGCCCGUGCUGCUGCAGGCUCUGCAUCGUGCUCUCUUCCCUCACUUUCCUUGAGGAACGAGUCUUUCCAGAGACUCUCCUGGGCCUUCUUCAAGAAGUGCUUUGCCUCCCUCAGCGAGAGAUGUCGUGCUGCAGACCCUGUGUCCCAUCCCCCUGCGGUGCCUCUGGCCCAACCCCACUGGCAAGCAGCUGCAGUGAGCCAUGUGUCGCCCGCUGCGCUGACUCCACUGUGUUUAUCGAGGCCUCCCCUGUGGUGGUGACCCUGCCGGGCCCCAUCCUCACCUCCUUCCCUCAGAACACAGCCGUGGGAUCCUCUCUGUCAGCUGCUGUUGGCAGCUCCCUCAGCACCGCGGGCGUUCCCAUCUCCUCUGGGGGCUCCCUUGGUCUGGGGGGCUCAGGGCUGUGUCUGCCUCGCCCACGCUGCAGUUUUAACUGCUGAAGACAGUGGAUCAUCCCAUUUGGACAACACAUCCUGGAUACGGAUGGAUCGUUCUCUCAACCUCCCUGAAAACCGAAAGCAUGAUUCUUCCCCUCUGUACUGAGCCACUUUGUUUUUUCCUUCUCAUUAAAGACUUUGUGCAGCAUA